AUGACCCUCGAAGAAACCAACUCCACUCCCCGCCUCCCCAAACCCUUCCCCAACAUCCCCGACAACGUCCUCCAACAAUUCUCCAUGAGCAACAAAGUCACCGCCAUCACAGGCGCAUCCGCCGGAAUUGGCUGGGCAGUCGCAGAAGCCAUUGCCGAAGCCGGCGGCCAUGUAGCACUCUUAUACAAUUCCAACUCCGAAGCAAUCGCCAAAGGUCUCAAACUCGCCGAGUUGCAUAAUGUGCAAGUUAAAGCCUAUCAAUUGGAAGUAUCGGAUCCGAAAAGGGUGGAGGAGACGAUAAAUCGGAUUGUAAGGGAUUUUGGACGAUUGGAUGUUUUUGUGGCGAAUGCUGGAAUGGCGAUUUCGAAACCUUUGAUUGAGACUUCGGUGGAGGAGUAUCGGAGGCAGAUGGAGGUUAAUACCGAUGGUGUCGUUUAUCAAGCCAAAUACGCCGGUCACGUUUUCAAGAAACAAGGCUUUGGCAAUCUCAUCAUCACUGCCAGUAUCUCUGCUCAUAUCGUCAAUGUGCCUAUCGAUCAACCCAUCUACAACGCCACCAAAGCCGCCGUGCGGCACCUCGGCCGGUCUCUCGCACGCGAAUGGCGAGAUUUCGCUCGCGUCAACAUCGUCUCUCCGGGGUUCUUCGACACGAAAAUGGGCGCGGCAGCUGCUGUGCAGAGUGAAGCGUAUCGGAUGACACCGUUGGGGAGACAGGGACAUGUACGAGAGAUUAAAGGAUUGUUUUUGUAUUUGGCUUCGGAUGCGAGUUCGUUUCAGACGGGGAGUGAUACGAUUAUUGAUGGGGGGUAUACUUUGCCUUGA